UGCGCCAUUCUGGAAGUAUAAAGUUAACAAUACCUAAUUGGAUACAGGAACAGCUCAACAGCUUUCCAAAAUAUUCAUGCACUAGAAAUUGUCUUUAACUGAACCCAAGUGUUCAAGCUCACCAAAUGUCUGUUCCGGUAGUCACUGUACACACUGUUGAGCCAUUAUCAUCCGCUUCACAUAUGGGAAGCCCUCUUGACACAGGUGUAGAGGAAAUUGCUGUUGCCUUGACUCAAAUUGAAGCCGCUCUCCUUGACACGACGAGUGAGAUUAGUAGAGAGACUCAGUGCGCCGACGAGGUUCCUACUCGCACAUCGCGAGCUUCGUUUCGCCAUCUCCCCUCCGAAAUCCUUCUUACCAUCUUUAAACAUGCCUGCCAGGUCGGUGAAAACUGGGAGGCUCUAUCUUUCAGCCUCGUGUGCAAACAAUGGCGCGCGCUCAUGCUGGUAGAUCCAGACCUAUGGUCCCACAUUACCUUGACAGUUCGCGACCUGUUUCCGAAUCCUACUCCUUCCUCGUCCGUCUCAACCCUCCUUCGCAUGGCCAAACUGACAUCCUUAUAUCUUGAGCGAUCCGUGGACUGCAUGCUCUCGGUCACCAUAAAGAUGCCCACUCGCUUCAGAGGCUUAAAUGCCAAUUGGCAAUCAUAUGUCUCAGUCGGGGCGAUAAAUUACUUGCAGAGCAAUUCCCGCAGGAUAAAGCAUCUUCGCCUACGUGUAGACCACGGGCUUCUGCAUGCAUUUGCGUACGUCGAUCCUUGCUUGGCAGAGAUUGACUCGGGACAUAAUCAACCUUGCUCAGACACAAUCGCUCUUCCCCAUCUUGUUUCGCUCUCUUUGGAAUACGUCUCUCGACAUUGCUUCUACUUCCCUUUCCAGCAUCUACCUCGACUCAGGCACCUUACGCUCGGAAACGAGGGCUUUUGCUUCUUCCCGAAAUCCUCGUCAGAACCUUCACCUGCUUUAACUUUUCCCAAAUUGAGGUCAUUAGUUAUCUCUGAAGCGUCUUCUUUCCAACAAUUAUGUAGGACGAUGACUCUGAUUAAUGUCUUACCGCACAUCAAGCAGGUGGUGUUGACACAGAUGCCUAGGCUGGUUUCUAUCUCUAGACAGCAGGCAAUCUUUCCAGUGAUAUCAAAACUCAAGAUAGCCAAUUCUUCAGAUGUUUUCUUAUCCACUUUUUGCCGGGUCUUCCAAUUUUCUGCGCUAGAAGCGUUCGAACUGAUCUAUGAUGUCGCUAGGCAAAGUUCAUCGGGCUCUCAGAUUGCAUGGACAGACCUCUGUCACUGUACGGAAUGCCCGUGAGCAUUGCUAUCCUAGUGCCGAGCUUGUACGGGAAAUCACUUUCGAGCCGCGUAUCAGUCCUAAUGUCUGUAUCGUCGGGUUUCCUAGAUUGGAGAUCGAGGGCGGAUUGACUGCUAGUGCGAUGAUGGAA